UAUUGCUUCCAGGGUUUGGGACCAAACAUCUUAUUGGGUUCUUUUGACUUGAGUUUCCAUUGGCCAAGAGUCUCUGCAAGUCGUACAAUCCAAAUCUCUUGGCAGCCGUCGGUGAUGGAGGCUGCAUCAUCCGUUACGAGGAGCUUCGUUGCAACUUCAACCCCACCAAGAGUAUCCAUUACCAGCCCAAUAGCCUCCAACCCAGCAUGGCGUUCCACCCCUGCAAACAUGUUCCCUCUUUACGCCUCCUCCACUAACUUCUUCGCUAUCUUGCCUACCCCUCACCCUAACCCCAGAAACUGUGCGCUUUAUCUCACUCGAUGUUCUACAAGACCAGACACAACCGACAAAAAUUCUACUGUUGGUCCCAGUUCAGAUUCAAAUUCUAAUUCGAAACCCCAAGAUUCAGCCGCCCCCGCUUCGAAUGAAUCCCUUUCUUCUGCUGCUGCUGCUGCUUCUUCAUCUUCUAGGGGUUUGGUGUUUGAUUUGGGUCCCUCAAACUCAUGGGACAGUGCCCAAAUCGGGUCACCGGUGGUGAAGAGAUUUCUCAGUGACGAUGAGGAGAGGUGGUACAUGUGGUACCAUGGGGCGUCCAAUGAAAAUUCGGCUUCGGAUUCCAUCGGUUUGGCGGUUUCGAGCAAUGGGGUUCAUUGGGAGCGAGGCGGUGGUCCAGUUAGGUCGGGUGGGGAUGUGGGAUUGGUGAUGAAUUGUGGGAAAGAUUGGUGGGCGUUCGAUACAAUGAGCAUUAGGCCUUCUGAUGUCGUCAUCAUGUCCAGCAACAGGGUUAGAGGUUCUAGUGCUGUGUACUGGCUUUACUAUACUGGGUAUAGUUCGGAAAAGGUGGUGUUUUUGGAUGAUUCUUUGGAGUUGUAUUUAGAAAACCCAGAAAGGGCUGGCGCUGAGAAUGGGGAGAAUGGUGGAAUUGGCAAGAUUUUCAAGUCUUUGCCGGGGUUGGCCAUCAGCCAAGAUGGGAGGCACUGGGCUAGAAUUGAAGGGGAGCAUCACACCGGAGCUCUGUUUGAUGUGGGAUUGGAAAACGAGUGGGAUUCCAUGUACAUUGCCUCACCGCAGGUUGUUUUCCAUGGAAACGGUGAUCUCAGGAUGUAUUAUCACUCUUUUGAUGUGGAAAAUGGGCAGUUUGCUAUUGGAAUAGCAAGGUCAAAAGAUGGGAUUAGAUGGGUGAAGUUGGGGAAGAUAAUGGGAGGAGGAAUAAGUGGUAGUUUUGAUGAGUCAGGGGUGGUGAAGGCUUGUGUGGUGAAAAACCGGAGGGAUGGGAAGUACGUGAUGGCAUAUGAAGGUGUUGAUGGCAAUGGGAGGAGGAGUAUUGGAUUGGCAGUGUCUCCAGAUGGGUUGAAGGAGUGGAGGAGGUUUCAGGAUGAGGCAGUUUUGAUGCCAGCAGAGGAUGAUGGAUGGGAUAAUAAAGGAGUGGGAUCCCCAUGUUUAGUGCAGAUGGAUGGGGAUGGGGAUGGGGAUGGGGGUGAGUGGAGAUUGUAUUACAGGGGCAUUGGCCAGGGGGGGAGGACAGGUAUUGGAAUGGCAGUUUGUGAAGGAAGUGAUAGAAGGAGAUUUAGAAAAUGGACAGGAUUUCAUCUGUAAAAUGGAUAGGCACUGUGGGUUCUUUUGCUAGUAGUACGUCAACACCAAGGCAUCAUAUAUUUUCUGCAGUAUGAAUCCGCCUGUCUUUGUUGUCUAGUUGCAAAAUCAAUAACCAUUCAUGAGUGUGCCACUGUUUUUGACAUUGAUAAACAUGAGAUUAGGUGUCCAGGGAUGAGAUGAGUUUGAAUUCUGUGAAGUUGGGUUUCAAAUUUGCAUGUGAAAGCUUCUUAUCACUCUCACCGGCUUGCAUUUGUAACAUGCAGACAGGGGCAAGCAUAUGGAUACAGUAUAGCAGGCACUUCCCCUUUGUAAAAUUUCCUUUCUGUAGCCGACAACCACUCUAUAAUAGUGGAGUCAUAUUCAUUAAGAGGCUCACAUACUCGUUUUGUGACGCCCGGCAUGGCAGCUGCUAUACUGGACUUUUUAAAUUCAUUCCAAAUCUAUGGCAAUGUGACUCGUACGUGCAGUGGCCAAGGCCAGAAAUUUAUAAGUGAAUUAAAAGAAAUCUAUAGUAAUUUCGAGGAUCCCAUACGAAUAUUUCAAGUGAUCGAUAUUUCAAUUUCUUUUUGCUGAU